AUGGAUGCGCUACAGGCGGCGUGCGUAGCGCUGCAUGCACCACCAACGGGCCCCGAGGCUGAAAGCCGCCGUGCUGAAGCCGAAUCCGUGCUGGAGCACUUUAAGCGGAGCCCUAGCGCACUAAACGAUGCGAUGUCGCUACUUCGCGACAGCCAGACGCCGCCCGUUGUGCAAUUCCAUUGUGUCGCCACCAUUCGCGAGGUGACGCUGCAGCGGUGGCCAUUGCUGGCACUUCCAGACAAGUCGCAGGCGCUGGACUUCCUCAUGCAACUGCUGCUGGAACGCGGUGCCGCGGCGCCGAGAUUCGUGGCAGCCGCAGCACUGCAAACCGCGGUGCUAUUGGUCAAACGUGGCUGGCUGGACCGCCUCGAGUCGGAGAGAAGCGCAGUGCUGCAGCAGAUGGGCACUAUGUUGCAGCCAGGCAAUGCCAUUGCUCACCGCCUAUUGGCUGCCAAGUGGCUGCUGGCGUUCGUGACAGAGUUCUCGUCGGCCUCGAGGGCGAGCAACAUGAUGCAACCUGUGGAAUUUCACACCAAGUCACGACGCACACUGGAGAAAAGUGGAGGACUGAAAGACAUUGUUGCACUGGCUGUGCCGCUACUGGAGGACUCAAUCCGCAGCACAACUACGGCCUGUGGAGAUGCAGGAGCUGCGGGAGAUGUACCCGCUGAGCAGUUGGAGCUACUAGAUUCAGCUUUUCGACUUUGCGUGGAGCUUUUAAAUUGGCAGUUUGAGGACCCGCGUGUAGGGAAUUUGACGUGGAGCUUGACCGUCUCCGCAAGUGACGACGAUACUGGAAACCGACCCGUAUUAGUCCCACAAGCUUCUUGGAGACCGAUUUUGGUGCGACCGGAUUUGAUUCACUCCGCUUUCAAUACUUACGCAUUCUUCCGCAAUGUAGCAGCCAAGAACGAGACGCUUCUUCACUUGGCGCGACAGUUCCUGAUUCAGUUAGCUUCAUUGCAAGGUCCCAUCUUCGAGCGCAAGACGGAGCAGGUGCAGUUUUUGGGUGAAAUUUUUCGCGGAGUCGUCACCGUUGUGCACAACCCGUUCCUGGAUCUACUAGCGCACAGCGACAUUACCGGAUAUGAGCUGGCGACUCGCGAGCUGAUCGACUGCUGCCAAUUACUCUUCCGUCUCGUCAACAAUAUUGGACUCACAGCGCUUUUACAGGCCAGCUCAGGACAGCUUUUGUCUUCAUUCAUCGACGAGUUGGCCUCACUGACGAGCAAGCUCCUGCACUCAGCUCUGGAACGGAUUCAACGCCACUUGCGUGAGAAUCCUAAUGAAGCUAUCGACGAGCUCUGGGAACUCGAAGGCGUGGACAUUCUGUUGGAUGCGUGGGUAGCUCUGGCAAAUGACCCGCAGCUUUUAGAGGUUGGAGUCUCGAAAACUGCGAAACCGGAGGCAGAACAAGCGCUGGCGCUUCUUAGCAAAGCCUCCGCUCCGGUGGUAGAGCUGUAUUUGCAGGUUCAGUUGGAGUUGUGUGCAGUCGAGGUUCUAGCCGAACAGGACGAAGAUGAGGACGUAGAAGACAACGCUGCUAGUAGUGCACGAGAGCAAUAUGAGUUGGCUGCAGCUCUUGCGAGGCUUAAUGGCUCUGCGUCGGCCUCUUUACUGGUGUCUCUGUUGCAGUCGUUGAUGAACAGUAUACAGCAGGAGCUGACAAAGCUGCAAGGUCGUGAUGAGAUGACUCCGGUGUUAUCGCAGCUGUUCGAGAAGCUCCACUUUGUUCUUCUCUUUGCUGGGCUUCUUCUUGCGGAUGACUUUGAAGGGGAACGUCCAGGUAUUCCGGACCGAGUCUACGUCACUCUACAAGGUGUGGCCAAUGCUGGAGAAUCUCCCGUGGUGAGUCUCAUCAUGCUGAUCAUGAGUCACGUGCUUGAAUUCGAGACAACGCGGUUAGCACAAAGCCCAGGAAGCGACUGCGUCAGUCCGUUCGUGUCUGAAGGUCUGAUCAAAACAAUCACGCGUUUGUGCGCUACGUACCUCGCCCCAAAUAUACUUGUUGACGCGGGUGAAGUGGCACCAGCGCUCUUACAAGUUUUUGGAUUCCAGAAUGGAGGUCGUGCAGGCGAGCUGUUGAAUUUUCUGGUCCAGAAGGCGACGGUAUACUUACUUCACUGGCCGACGCAACCUGUCGUCAUGGAAAACUUGAUCGAGUUCUUGCUGGUACUCUCCAACACGCGAGCCAUCAACGCGGUCCUGAGUUCGGAGAUGUGGCAGUCGCUGGUCCAAGCCAAUGCGUCAGCUGGAUCCUUCAUUACAGGCGCAGGUGGGAACACGUCACCUUUGAAUACUGCAGUCGCCAGAGUCCCCGCUAAUCUCCGUGGACAACUCACGGAGGCGUUGUGCCGAGCAGGAAUGGCAUCAACUGACCAGAAUAUGCGCGCAGCUCACUUCCAGGCUGUGAGUCAACCUCUUGCACAGCGAUUGCAGCAGCUGAUCGCAAUGCCGAACUUCGAGUCCAAGCAGACAGCAAAUGACGUACGUGUACAAGAAGAACUGAAGCUGCUAGUCGAGACGUAUUCGGGUAUCGCGCGUUCUGCGGAGUCAGCCAGCCACGCGCCGAUCACUGCGUUCUGUCUACCUGCUCUUCCUGUCAUUGUCAAGAUUUUCCAGAUCUUUCAGGGCGACUCACAGAUUGUGAACCUUAUUUUGAACUUCUUCUGUGUGCUGGUGGAGGCGCAAUUGUGCUAUCUAUCUCCUCGUGACGCGUUGCAAGUGUACACAGCAAGCGACGAUCUCAUCCGUGCAUACUGUCGUCACAAUCUAGGCAAAAAGAGCAUGCUGGGUGACGCCGAGGAGGAAAAUUACGUCGAUCUCUUGGCUUUGCUUACGCUGCUGUCUCAUUUAGUGUCUAAGGACUUUAUCGACUUUUCCGAGGACGCAACAACGCAGCAGGAACAGGCCGACGCUACUCGCGCUUCAAGUGUCGUAGCCGACGUUGUCUUUUCGGGUCUGCGUCAGGUGAUCCCGCUCAUGACGGAGCAGUUGUUGGCUUACCCCAGCUUGAGCAAGCAGUACUUUACGUUAGUGACAUACAUGGUCGAAGUCUACGCGGAGAAGCUCGUUUCGUUGCCAAGCGAGCUGUUCCAGAUGCUGCUGCACUCGCUGUUAAUCGGGAUGCGUCACGUGUCGGUGGAUGUGGUACGCAACAGCUUCCAGGCGCUCAGUGAGUUGGCUAGUUACCACUGGAAAGCACUACAGAGCCAGAGACCAGGACUCGAGGCUCACCGUCAGCAGAACCCCGAUAUGUUUAUGGCGUUUCUGCGUGUUAUCUUCCAUAUGGCACUCUUCGAAGACUUCAACCCCGCCAUCUUGGAUGCGUGUGCUGGCACGCUUUAUCCGCUCAUCUUGAUCGAACAAGCGCGCUACUCAGCGUUGGCCGAGGAAAUUAGUCGCGAGCAGACGAGUAUGGACACUGCCAGUCAGCAGCGACUCGCCGCUGCAUUCGCAGAGCUCAUCACCUUUCUGUCACCCGCCGACAUUGCCACGGGUACAGCCACCACGCGCAGGAUGCGAACGCAGUUCAAGACGAACCUGUACGCGUUCGUAGCUGAGGUGCGCGGCUUCCUCCAGGUGAAGUAA